GCGGGUUAGCCGGUUUUCAUGGUUUAAUAGCCGCUCCACAAAUCUACUACAUUCCAUAAGGCGGUGCCGCCUUCGGAGUCGAGACUCAACUCUGCAACUCUGUGUGCUGGAAGAUGGAUCUCAAGACUCGCCUUGCGAUGGCGGUUAGUUGGGUCUUGGGCAUGCCCAGAGUCACGUUGAGCUGGAUAGUUAUCUCCUUGGACUCGCCUUGGAUAGUUAUCUCCUCGUGAACGGGUUAGCCGGUAGGAACCGUAGCCAAACCAAACCCAUGCAUAUCCAGCUGACACAGUUUUGCCCGGGCCGGUUACACGGGUUAGGUGGGUUGUAAUCGGACCAUGUACAGGGUGACUAGGAGGAGGAGGAUACCAGCUGCUGACGAGGCCAGGUAUGAUGCAUGCAUUCGCAGGCUGUAUAUAUACACAGCGCGACAAGCAAGCUGGCCAUAGGCUAGCUACUAUAUAUAGAGGCCAUCAUCGAUAGAUCUUUGCUUGCAUCGAUCGACCAGCAUAUAGCUAGCUAGAGAUGUCGUCGUCGUCGUCAAGGGACAGCCUGGUGCUGGGGCGGGUGAUCGGCGACGUGGUGGACCACUUCUCGCCGACAGUAGCGCUACAGGUCUCCUACAACGGCCGCCGCCUCAUGAACGGCGCCGACUUCCGGCCGUCGGCGGUGGUGGCGAGGCCUCGCGUCGAGGUCGGGGGCAACGAUCUCAGGCAGUGCUACACGCUUGUUAUGGUGGAUCCUGACGCCCCCAACCCGAGCAACCCGACAUUGAGGGAGUAUUUGCACUGGUUGGUGACAGAUAUUCCUGGGACAACUGAUGUUGGCUAUGGUCGGGAGGUGAUCUGCUACGAGAGCCCUCGGCCGCCGGCGGGGAUCCACCGCGUGGUGUUCGUGCUCUUCCGGCAGAUGGCGCGCGGCUCCGUGGACGUGGCGCCGGUCCUCCGCCACAACUUCUGCACCCGCAACUUCGCCGUGGCCCACGGCCUGGGCGCCCCCGUCGCCGCAGCCUUCCUCACGUGCCAGCCAGAGGGCGGCACCGGCGGCCGUCGCCUCGUCAUCCGGCCACCGCGGACGACACCGCCGGCGCCCUAAAUGCUCCUCUACUUGUCUACCACUGCAGUAGAAUAUAUAUAUGGUCGUCACGACAGACUCGUAUAGCGAAUUGUAUACGACCUGCUCAUCAGAAUAUAUGCAGGAGGCAACAAGGACAUGCUCGACGACUGUACGAAUGAAAUGGUGUGUACUAGGGUUUAGGCUGUGUCCAUAUAUGGUGUGUUUGUGACUGAUCAUGGCGUAUGAUCGAAUUAACCUGCUGUAUUUCUCAUGGAGCUGCAUGCUAGCUUUUGUAUAGUAGAUACAACGUUAUACAAGAUAGUGCGCAAUUAAUACCU